AUGUAUCCGAGCAAAUCGGUGCAACUUGGGGAUGAAGAACUCCUGGAAAUUCAGAUUGUGGGCGUCAGUGGAGAUGGAUUCCACGUCCAUGUGCCCAAGUCCCUUACCGGCUCUGAGCUUCGCAGAAUCAUCCGGGAUCGACUUCCAUCGAAACCUGGAGCAAGAGUCGCAGUGAUGAAAGGAACUCAAAAGCUUUCAUUGUCGAAGACUUUGGCCCAAGAAGGGCUGGCACAAGGGGAACCGACUUCUUUGUCCUAUGCCUAUGAGGUGGCUAGCUUGCACGACGCUUGGAGAUGCCUCCAAGGUCAGCCCGUUGAGGAUGAGUCGAUGGCUCUUGAGGGGAUACUGCAGCUACAAGGGCUGGAUAAGACGGCUCCGCUGACGAACCUUGUUAACCUCAAGAGCCUUACCUUUGGCUGGAACUUCAACCAGAUUCUGCAAGGAGUGGCUUGGCCCAGCGGCCUUCAAAGUCUUUCCUUUGGAAAUGAGUUCAACCAAAGUCUGGAAGGAGUGGCUUGGCCCAGCGGCCUUCAAAGCCUUUCGUUUGGCAAUAGGUUCAACCAGAAUCUGGAAGGAGUGGCUUGGCCGAGCGGCCUUCAAAGCCUUUUGUUUGGCAAUAGUCUGGAAGGAGUGGCUUGGCCCAGCGGCCUUCAAAGUGUUUCCUUCGGACAUUCUUUCAACCAGAGUCUGGAAGGAGUGGCUUGGCCGAGCGGGCUUCAAAGUCUUUCCCUUGGUGACGGGUUCGACCAGAGUCUAGAAGGAGUGGCUUGGCCCAGCGGGCUUCAAAGCCUUUCCUUUAGUGACGAGAUCGACCAGAGUCUGAAUGGAGUGGCUUGGCCCAGCAGCCUCCAAAGUCUUUCCUUGGGCGGACUCAACCAGAGUCUAGAAGGAGUGGCAUGGCCUAGACAGCUUGAAAGUCUUUCGUUUGGUGACGAGUUUGACGAGAGUCUGAAUGGAGUAGCUUGGCCCAGCGGCCUUCAGAGUCUUUCCUUUGGCAAUAUGUUCAACCAGAGUCUAGACAGAGCGGCUUGGCCGAGCGGCCUACAACAUCUUUUCUUUGGCGAUAGGUUCAACCAGAGUUUGGAAGCUGUGGCUUGGCCCAGUGGCCUGCAAAGCCUUUCCUUUGGUGAUUGCUUCAAUCAAAGUCUGACUGACACGUCUUGGCCCAACGGCCUUCAGAGUCUUUCAUUUGGCAGUAUGUUCAACCAGAGUCUGACUGGCAUGUCUUGGCCCAACGGCCUUCAGAGUCUUUCAUUUGGCAAUAUGUUCAACCAGAGUCUGGAAGGACUGGCUUGGCCGAGCGGCCUUCAAAGUCUUUCCUUUGGUGGCGCUUUCAACCAGAGUCUGGAAGGAGUGGCUUGGCCCAGCGGCCUUCAAAGUCUUUCCCUUGGUGGCGCUUUCAACCUGAGUCUGGAAGGAGUGGCUUGGCCCAGCGGCCUUCAAAGUCUUUCCCUUAGUGGCGCUUCCCACCAGAGUCUAGAAGGAAUGGCUUGGCCCAGCAGCCUUCAGAGCAUGUCGAUUAGCUCUUGGACCAUGGCCUUCAGGAGAGCACAUUGGCCAAGCUGCCUUGAGUCUUUGGAGGUGACGGGCCCUAGAUCGGAGGUUGCGCAAAUGGAUCUUCCUUUGGCUUUGCGAAGGUUUCAGUGCCAAAUCGAGGAGGAGUUCGAGGAUGACCUUUUCGAGGGGGACUUCGAGGAUGAUUUCAACCACCAAGGUUGGAUGAUCUCAACAUUUGACGCUUGA